AUGAACCCGCCAGCCAUGGCAACCAUGGCCGCCUCUUCGUCGUCCAUCUCGGCCGUCGGCGACGAAUUCCGUGAUUACCCGUUCCUCGCCCACGAUGAGUUCACCGAGGUUUGCCACGACUUUGACCGCAUUUACCGCCAGGCCACGCUCGGCCCGCUGCGGCGACGGUGGCGCGUGUCGGUCUGCACGGCGUUCAACACGUCCUUGUACUUGGACAGCGACGCCACGACGUAUCUGCAAAUCACCCGGCCGCUCGAGAACAGCGCCGCCGCGCACGACGACGAGCUGGCGGAUGUGAUGGGGCAGUUUUCGUUUGGCGAACACAUCGACAGCGGCGUUGGCGGUGACGCGGCCAUGGCCAUGGCGGAAGACGCCGACGACGCCGCGCUCACAAAAGCGGCCCCCUCGGCAGGGGCGACGGCCAGCAGCAGCGGCCACUACGGCUAUGUGACGUACGAAGUGCAUCUGCACCCGACGUACCGGGCGCCGUGCCUGUGGUUUUCGUUGCACGGCCUGCCCAACGGCGAGUCGCCGAUGAGCAUUGACACGGUGUUUCGGCACCUUGUGCCGGAGCAGUUCCAGGACCGGCUGCGUUCCAUGGGCAGCGUCGGAGGCAUAUCUGCAGACGUACGUAUUGUGGCGAAUACGGUUUCCUAA